AUGUCAUCUGAUUUUCAUCAAGAUUUGCCUGUUAAUGAUGUAAGACAACGGCUUCUUAGUCCAGCAGAAAAUGCUCUGAUAAGAACUUCAUUACAACAUCAAGGAUAUAUGAGACUUGGUCAAGUUCUACAUUUACAAGGUCCAUACAUUUCUCUGGAAACACUUACUUCCGUUAUUGGUCAUCUUCAACAUCGUCAUCCAUUUCUACGAAGUCGUUUAAAAAUCAAUCCUACCAAACCUGAUACGUAUCUGAUGGAAGAAGAUGAGACACUUCGUCUCAAGAUCCGAGAGAUACCAAGAAGACAUGAUAGACACCUCGAUUUCUGGCGAGAACAAUGGCAUAAGCAUGAAAAACAGAUACCAAUCAUUGGAGAAGGACUUGCUGAAUUUUGGCUUUUACAGGAUCCAGACGAUGAUGAAAUGAAAAAUAGUUCAAGAGAAAUUGUAUUGAUAUGUGAACACAGCAUUAGUGAUGGUUUAUCUUUAAGUACUUUAGCACAUGAACUUCUCAUUGCUUUAAGUUCUGAGAACGCAAAUAUCUUUGACAAUUCAUUGCACUGGCCAAUAUCCAUAGAACUUGCUAUACAAAGAAGCCUUUCACUAUGGACGAAUCUAGUCAUACUUGGCAAAUUCUUCUUCACACUUAUGAAUCGACGUGCGAUCAAUGCACAAACUAUAGCAAGAGUCCCUUUAGUCAAUGUCAAUUUCUCAUUGGAUGAUAUGGCGAAAUAUAGUUACACAGAAUUUUCUUCUAAUUCAUUGAGCAAGGAAGAGACACAAAAACUGUUAGAAAAAUGUCGAUCGGAAAGUGUAACGAUGACCUCUGCCAUUAGUAGUGCGAUUCUCUCUGCCAUUACUACAUCGAUAAGCAUUACUAGUGAACAAACAACACAACUAACUUUAGCAUUUGCAGCUGAUAUUCGUCGACGAUGUAUACCACCAAUUCCCACUCAUGAUCUUAGCUAUCAAGUAUCAGAAAUCAUUACAUUCAAACUUUCAAUAAGAGAUGUACCUACAACAUUGAAGGAUAUGUGGAAACUUGCUACGACUAUAGGUUAUCAUGUGAAGACAUCAAUCGAUGCUGGUCAAACUUUUGUUCUCGGGAGAUUUAUGGGAAUGUUCUAUCAAAAAAAUAUAGGUCCAAUCAAUCUUGAAAAUCUUCCAACCUGUGAAAUUUCGAAUUGGGGUGUUUUACCUUUUCGCGAGCAAUACGGAAAAUGGAAAUUAGAAGCGAUGACUCCGUUUAGUAAUAUGAUUCGAUCACCAAUACCGUUUGUGCUGAUAUAUACUGUUAAUGGAGUAUUAACGAUUGUAUAUCGUGGAUCUUCUCCUGUCAUUCCUAUAAGCACAUUGGAAACUUUAUGUAAUAGCACGAUACACAAUUUACAGAAAAUGAUGGAAGCUUAA